GUUUAUUGCGUUGACAACAAUACGCAACAAAGUAUCUACAAUAGCUGCUUUAUAACUUACGAUUUCCGAGUUCUGUAGUUUUGUUUCUUAUUUUCCGACUUACUUACCGCAGAUUCGUGUGUCGAAUGAGUUAGAACCGCCCUUAGACGAAAUGAGGUGGGUUUUCUUUUUUCAAUUCCUAUUUCUACUGGUUAAUUCUUGUCAAGAGUUUUGGAAACAUUGGGGGAAUGUUUCUUGUCCGUCCUCGGCAAACAGCUGUUACCAAUCAAAAAACUUUUCCUUCGUUAAGUUAUUCGAUCAAUCCUUAUCCAUCGAGUGCGGCGAAGAAAGGAUCGACUCUGGUUUGAUGCGAUGUUUGGACGUUAAAAGUGUACAAAGGAUACAAUUUAUAAAUUGUUAUAUGUCUGGGAUUGACUUUGGAAUAUUCACUUUCGGGUAUGGAAUCGAACACGUCGAGAUAAGGUACACAAAAUACACCGGUAUAACAGAAACUUCGAGAGCGCCUCGUUUAAUAACAUGUCCUCUCUGCGAUCUGUCGAAAUAGAAGGCUUGAAGACGUCGGAACUUCUAAAUUUAACAUUUCAUAAUGUUCCAUCGCUGACUUCAUUGAGAAUUAAACGCUAUAACUUCACUUUAUUUCCGAACAAACCUUUCCGAGAGUUAAUUAAUCUUUCCGAAUUAUACAUCACGCAAGGCAAGUUAAAAGUUCUACCCGAAGAUCUAUUUCAUAACCUUUACGGUUUGAGAAAACUGGACUUAAGUUACAAUAGAAUUGAAUCCAUUUAUCCACUUGUCUUUAGAAAUCUAUCCAGAUUGGAACAUUUGGAUUUAUCAGUGAAUCGGAUAAAGGAUUUACCCAGUGACAUGUUGAAAGGUCUUUCUAACUUAAGUACAUUUUCUAUUGGUUGGAACCGAGAAGUAUCAGAAAUUCCGUCCGGAUUCUUUAAGAAACUGCACAACUUGACUAAAAUUUAUGCAGAGGUUUGUUCUAUUUCUUCACUUAAAGAAGACGUAUUUUCUGACUUGAUUAAUUUGAAAACCGUCUAUAUAGGUUUCAACCAAAUUAAACAUCUCCGGUCAAAUCUUCUGAGAAAUAACAAGCGACUGACACGAUUUUCAUGUUAUUCUAAUAACAUAUCGACACUUCCGACAGGAAUUUUUCGCGGUCUUUCUCAACUGCAAUUUUUAAGUUUGGGAAAAAACCGGUUAGAAAAUCUUCCCGAAGAUAUUUUUCUAAAUUUGACGUCAUUACAGACUCUUACUUUGUCAAGCAAUCGCCUGACAUUUUUACCCGAAAAGAUCUUCCUCCCAUUGACUAGAUUAACGCUUCUCGAGCUAUAUGACAACAAUAUAACUGAAAUUAUUGGCGAGCAUCCUUUCGGCAGCAGCGAGCGUCUAAGUGAAGUGAAUUUAAACAAGGCAGGUUUGACACAAUGGCCGGUGAUUAAUUGGACACAAUACAACUUAAAUAAAGUGUUUUUCUCAAAUAAUAAUUUCGAAACCGUGAAAUUGCCAAUUUACACUCCAAAACGCGUGAAAAUUAAUCUGUCUAACUGUAAAAUCAGAACAAUUUACAUUGAUGAGUGGAAAUAUGGAUCUGAAAUGCCGACGUAUAAUUUAAGUAAUAACGAAAUUACUUGUGAUCACAAACUGCAGCAAUUCGUUUCUUUCGUUAAGUCAAAUAUGGAAGUAGCGAGGAAAAUGUUUCCAAAUAUAGAAAAGACGAAAUGUUACGGAGAAGAAAGAAAUUUGCUGGAAAAUACAUCGCUUGUAGUCAUAGGAAAUAAUUGUCCGAUGAAUUGCGAAUGUUUUACCGAAAAAAACCGUGUGAUUGUCAAUUGUUCCGGAAAGGGAAUCGACAGAAUUCCCGAAAUUCUCGUCCCCAAUGCCACAAUUGUCGACUUGAGUAAUAAUUAUAUAAAAGAGUUGUCAAAUGUCGAUCGUGUGACGUGGAAAAACGUCACCCAUCUACGUCUGAGUAAUACUUCUUUAAGUAACAUCUCUGAUUAUGUUCUUUUGCCAAACCUGAAAUUUUUGUGGUUGGACGGAAACCGGUUAACCGAAUUGUCUUCCCGAUUAAUGAACUUUAUCGACGUUUCUCCGGAAUUUAAGCUUUACUUAUCCAGAAACAAUUGGAAUUGCCAUUGCCAUUCGCAGUUUACUAAGGACUGGUUGCUUAGAAACCGACAGAAAAUUGCAGAUUUCUCUGAUGUUUCCUGCGCGAGAAAUUCGUCUUUUGUGUCUUUUAUCGAAAUUGUUUCCACUGAUGGAUGCGCAGAAAUUUCAGAAAAUAAUUUGACGUCGUCAGUAAAUUCUAGUUGUAUAAAGUGCGUGUGUUCGGACGAAGUUAAUAGUGUUUUUGGGUGGAAAAUCGCAGUGGCUGUUCUUACUUCGCUAGUGUUGUUAGGUGUGGUUAUUGUUGUCGCCAUUGUUUAUUGUCGCGGUAAAGAAAAUGUUCGGAAAGUGUGAAAGACUAGCCAAGACGAAGUGCUUUAUUACGAUGUUUAAACCUGACGAAUUCUGUAAU